UAUUUGACAAUCUUUGACGUCCAAUGUCUAUUUCCAAGCUCAAUGGGUACAUUUUGUUAAUUUUCUUUGUGAAUUAUAGGCUUUUCAUAAAUAUUUAAAUUUAUUUUCGAGUUCGCAAGUCAUGCUUUAUCUAAAAAAUCUAAAAUAAUGUAUGCUAAAACUGUGAUUUUUAUAGAAUUAAAUAUCGUGAAUUAUAUUGUGUUUUAUGACAAAUGUGGUGAUAAAAUAUAAUGAGGUCGAUCGGUGUCUUUAAAAAAUUUUUUAUAAUGGCUGUCUUUUUAUGUAUUAUUCUCUCAAUAUUGGUUUGGUCAAAUCUUGGUAUUCUAAGUUUUGAUAAUAUAGAUAUCAAAAGCAUUCCAGUGAAAAAUAAAAUAUGCUAUGUCAAUUACAAUGAUGAAAGGAAUCAUAUGAACAACAAGACAGAAUUAAAAAUGAUAUAUUAUGUAACACCUACUUAUCCAAGGCCAGAACAAGUUCCUGAACUAACUAGGCUUGCUCACACUUUGAUGCAUGUGCCUCAAAUACAUUGGAUAAUUGCUGAUGAUCAACCACUAUGCUCAGAACAAGUCUUGAAUAUUCUAAAACGAUCACGUCUACCCUUCACUCAUCUCUCUAGUCCUAAGCCAUAUCUAUAUAAAGGAGGAAAUUUUCCCCGAGGUGUAGCCAAUCGACGUGCAGCAGUCUCUUGGCUCCGCGACAAUGUGCAGGAUGGCGUACUAUAUUUUGGAGAUGACGAUAACACUGUAGAUUUGCAAUUGUUUGAUGAAAUUAGGAAUACUAAGAAAGUAUCUAUGUUUCCAGUAGGAUUAAUUGGAGGAUUUGGUGUAUCAACUCCUAUAGUUAAUAAUGGAAAGGUCAUCGGUUUCUUUGACUCAUGGCCGGGAUCUAGAAAAUUUCCUGUGGACAUGGCCGGCUUCGCUGUCAACAUAGAAUUCUUGAAACCUUCAGCUAAUAUGCCAUACAUCGCCGGCCACGAAGAGGACCGGUUCCUGGUUAGUUUAGGUUUAAAAAUGGAAGACAUCGAACCUUUAGCUGAAAAUUGUUCUAAAAUACUUGUCUGGCACACAAGAACAGUUAAAUAUAAGAAGCCUACAUUAAAAGUUAAUAUAGAUAAAUUAGAUAAUAAAAAGUACCCCAAUUUUGUCCAUUUGCUUAAAGAAACGUCCAGGUUAGGGAUGGCAAAUCUGGACCCUAGUACUGGUACGAAGGUAUUUGUGACACGUGAUCGUCGAACUUACGAUAAACUGCCAGGCUUGCAUUAAACUUUUUUAAAUUGAAUUCUGUUUGUAAUUAACAUUAAGUAUUUUGAACAAAGAACAACAAAAAUUUUACCCCGAUUGGCGGGAAAUGUUAUUAUUGUAUUUUUAUAUUAUAAAGUAUUAUUUAUUGAAUUGACAAAGAAAAUUUUUCUUAUUAACAGUUGAUUACUCUGGACGUAUUUUAUUAUUUGAUAAAUAUUAUCAUGUAUUUUAAGCUCUGUCGUGUUUAGCUACCAAAAAACCUAUAAGACAGAAUAUACGACAAUCGUUUACAAUAUUUUGCAAUUGUUUGUUAUAGAAAUUAAAAAAAUAAUUACAAUAUAAAAGUUGCAAAUUGAAAGCUAUUUUUUUUAUUGUAUUUGCUAACGGAGAGCUCGGAAACUACUACAAAGACAAGCGAUCAAAGGGUUAAUAGUUCAAGCUUAUGUAUUUUUUUUUUUUCAUUAUUUUUUAUACUCAGAAGAACUUAAGUUUGUAGAACAAUACAAUAUUGUUUUCUAAGACAGGACAUUGAAUUGCUUUAUUUUAAACAAUAAUAAGUAAUUUUAUUUUACUCAAUACAAUUUAAAAUAACAAAUAUAUUUGGCUCUUACUAUAUGAGGCGCCAUUAUAUUCUUUAUUUAACUGAUUAUUGAUAUAUUUAGAUAUUUUUUACGUAUUAAUAAUACGUGUAAUAUAUACAAAAAAUUAUUUCCUUUUUAUAUUUGUAUGAAUGAUAAUUGAUUUCUUUCAAUCACGUCUUUUUUUUUUAUACAACUUAGAAUGGCAAACAAGCUGACGGCCCACCUGAUGGAAAGUGGUAACCGUCGCCUAUAGAGUUCAGAGUUACUACCAUCCAUGAUUGAAUAACUGACAUAAUCUCUUCGAAUAUUACCAUUUACCAAAGAGUAGAACCAUUAAGUAUAUAAUAAUUUUCCUAUAGUAUAUUUAAUUUUCACAUUAUUAUGUGUUCAUUUAUUAAUUUUGUGUUACUUUUUAAAAAAUUGAUUUAAAAUUGUAUAAUUUGGACUUAAAUCUAUUAUAAAUUUAGUUAAGAUAAUUUUGAUAUUGACUAUAAAAUCUCUGUGGUAUAAAAUUAAAGUUUUAGGUGUAGGUAGAAUUGACCCCGUUGUCGUUCUUUAUUGGUUGUUCGAGCAAGUUCAAAAAUUUUAUAUAAAUUUGUAUAUAUAUAUAUAAUGUACUAUAGUAGUCUAAAAAUUAGCUAAGUUAACAUCAGCAAUAAUAAUAAGCGAUAUACUUAUUAAACAAUUUAGAUCUUAAUAAAUUAGCACUCAAUUGAAAGUGAUCUGGUUUUUGUGCCUAAACAUUUGCGUGUAAAUAAAAAAAAAAUAAUUAUGUUCAAUGCUCUUUAAACUUAGCAUAGUUUGUAGUAGAUAGUAAUCUCUUAAUAAAAUAUAAAAAGUCAUUGUGAUACACUAAAUACGCAGAUUUUAAAUAAAUUUUCACAAUAUUUAAGGGGUUGUUAUGAUAUAAAAAAAUCUCUAGGUCUAAAUAAAUACACAUCUUGUUGAGAUUCUUUAGGUAACUAAACUUUCGUGGCUCUUACGGCGACAAAAAAGUUUUAUACAUAUAAAUAUGGAUUGAUAAUCCGUAAAAAUAAAUGGUGAAUUUUUAUAUUAGAGAGAGACUUUGUACAAUAGUCGUCUAUUUGGUUAUCUCUGUCUCGCUUUUGUCCCUGCCCUUUGCUGUGCCGUACAGCUGUGCUUCGGAUUGAAAAGUGGAAUAUGGUAGUGAAACUAUAAGGUAUGCGGAGACAAUAUCUUAAUCCUCAGGAAUUGCAUUAUAUGUUCACGUUACGAGAGACGAUUUUAACUUUCCAUCAAGUAGCUGUCUCCUGAAUUGCGACUCUAUGUUAUAAAAAAACUUCUUAUAUGAGGAAUGUAAUUUAUUCUAGCAGAUCUUAAGUAUCUAAAUAUACAUACCACUUUGGUAUCAAAUAAAAUUGAAAAAAGAAAUCUUACUGGUAACAGGGGAUUUUCAAUCCAACACUACGCGUAACGUCUUUCGACCACAUUAUAAGUUGUAAAUGUAAAAUUAAAAUUUAUGUUACUUUAUUAAGACAGUGAUUAGAAAAAUAAUUUCCGAUUUAGAAUAAAGUGCCAAAGGUCUCUAACCGCACAAUGACUGUAGUAGUAGAUAUACUUAAAUUGCAAUAAAUGGUACCAAUUAAUUGAUAGGAAAAUUGAAACAAAAACUUGGUGAAAACUUCUUAGUAGACGUAUAACUUAGGAAUUAUGCGAAAGAAACACGAAAGACUAUUGCGUCAGUGAUAGCUAUUUAAGUAUUGCUCCAUAUUGACUGUAUUUGUUUUCAUGCAAAUUGCCUUAUCUCUGCAAUAAUCGUCUAUGUAUUUGAUUAAAAAUUUGUUCUUUGUUAUAGUUUUAUAUUGGGAAGUAUGACAUAUGUUACCAUUGAACUUUGAAAUUAGAGUUUAAUACCAAUGGCCUAAUUAUCAUACGUUUACUGUAUGCUGUGAAUGAUACUAAUUAGUUAUUAGGAAAUCAUAAAUACAAAGUGUAUAGCUGGCACCUGACCUAUUUAAUUUGAAUGGAAUGUAAUAACGCAAUUGACCAUUUGUAUCAACGAUCGAGGCGAAACCAAAAAGACUUCACUAAUAACAGACGCUUGGCUCUCACAUAAAUAGUGGUUGAGAAUAGGUAUUAAGAUUUUCUGUUAGUCAAGUUUAAUCUGGUUUUUGGUACUUGGCAUGUUUAGUAAGUAAUAUCAUUAUAAUAUUUUAUUAAUCAGUGCAUAAAAUCACUGCAUUAUUUUAUGCAGUGAUUUAUUUUAUUAUUUAUAAAGUAAAAAAGAUUUAUAGAGUAUGUAUUUAAUUAUUUCAAAAUUAAGACAACCUGAGAUUAUUACCAAUUAUGCCAAGUAUAAAAAAAGAAUCUAGCCACUACAUCGUCAUCAUUUGCAAAACUAAUUCACAAAUGCGCGUAUGAUCUCCCAUUAGGCGGCCUAUGACCCGUGCUUAUAUUUACCGCUUUUCGGGGGGUCUUGACAACUGGCAAAAGAUUCCAAUUUUAAAUAUGUUUAUUUACACUGCCGUUGCACCCGCGAGAUAGAGCGAGACAGCGCGAUUGGCGCCAUUUCAUCAUUUACACUGUAAACUGAUUCUGAUUAUUAUCAAUAAACUUUAUUUAUUAAUAAACUUUUACUAUUAAAAGAAUGGUAAAGAUAUAUAGAUAUGGUUUCAUUUGAUAUUUAUAUUCUAUAGUGUUUGAAUUUAGUAAUUAACUUGAAGUCUGUUUCUUCGCAAUUUUCUCACGAUGUGUUACUAUUUAAAUAAUUAUAUAAAAAGGUAUGAAUUUUGCAGAUUAUUAUUUAAUAUCCACACGUAGGUACUUAAAUUAAUAAUUUAAGAUUUUGUUCUACAAAAAUUGCAAUAUAUUGCUUGUACUCACUAUAAAUUUGACUACAUAACGGAAACGUUAAUGUAUAUGAGUGUCCUGAAGUUUGCAUGAUUAAUCUUUUUAUUUUUACACAAAUUUCAUAUAUAUAUAUUCUCCAAAUUGAUACGAUUUCCUUUAAUCACAAAUUAGUGUCUGAUUUUACUAUGUUUUAUAUGUAACCACUACGCUGACGACGGAAAAACGCCCUUCUUCAACUUUUACCUUCAUUGGUAUAUUCUAUAAAUCUAUAUAUUUCUAUCUAUGAUAUAAAAAUAUCAAAAUACUGUUAUAUUUGAUAAAAAUUUAUUCAAAUACACAUAAGGACAUUAGAAAUUUUUAUGUUGUGCUCUGAUUACUUCUCUUCUGAACUGGUUGUGAUGAUGCCAUUUUUAAUCGACAGAAUUAAUUCCCCUGUAGUGUUUCAAACUAAUGUUGUUUGUGGAACAUAAUUUUAAAUUAUUCAAUCAUCAAUUCCUUCAAGGAAAGGUGCUAGUAGAUAUUCCAUGGUGCUUUUUAAAUUUCAUCAGCAAAUUGCAAAAGCAUUUCCGCUGUUAGUCCCGGCUGGUUCCUUAGACGCCCAUGUAAUACCUCACGUUGCAGGCGUCCAUAUAUUAAGGUAACCAUUUAAUAUAGGUACAGCAUUAAAUAGCAAAAAAAAAUAGAAACAUUCAAACCAGUAGUUGUAACUUUUUUUGUAAAACUACUGUUUUAUUUUACUGAAUUAGGUGUUCUUUUAUGGAAAACUGUAUCACUGGUUAAUUAUUUUGUUUAAUUUCGCUGUCAUUAGUAUGCGUUAGGCUGCCAAGAUUUGAAGAUUGACUGCUAUCAUUUUUAGAAGAGCUUCUACUAAAAAUAAUGAUAAUCAAUCCUCAAAUAUAUGAUAAUGCCUCGUUUAGAGGUAAAUGACGUGUCCCAACAUAUGCGUACACUGAAUAACGGUCGGAAACUGAAGGAAAGGUCGUAGAACUUCUACUAAUAAUAAUAGUAGUCAAUUUUCCAAUGUUGGUAGACGUCCGCACAAACAAAAUAAUUGUAGUUAACUAUUGUUUUAGUCUGUCGUCUAAUUUACCUUAUCUAUUUUAUUAAAAAUAGAGCGUUUUUAUCACAAUACAUAAACACAUAAAUAUAUUACGCCAAUAGGGCAUAUUAUCUCAUAUUAUUGAUUUCUCGUCCUCUAAUUAACUUCACGACAUGUUAUUUUACAACAUGUGAAACAAAAUUAUAUUUAAACUAGAUUGACUUAUAUUGUUUAAGUGAACAAUUGAUGUAAGUAGGUAACUUACGACUAGUACUUGUGAUGAAAAACUGUGAACUUUAAUUAAGAUUAUUCUAAAAUGUAAAGCGCAAUCGUGUUUGUUAAUAUAAGACGGAAUAAAAUUUAAUACCUAUCUUGAUAUUUAUUAUUAUUUUUAUUUAUAAUUAAUACAAUAACAUAAUAAAGUAUUUAAUUUUAUAUCUUACAUUUUGACCUUGGUUGCUUAUAUUCUAUUAUUCCUAGCUUGUAUAAGUAAACACCUUUUUUAAGUACCUAUAAUUUACUUGUGAUGAACAACUGUGAACUUUAAUUGCUAUGCGUAAAGCACAUUCCUGUUUGAUAAUGUAAAAUGGAAUAAAAGGCAAUAUCAUAAUAAACAUUAUUUUUAUUUACGAUAACAAUAAAGUCCAUAAUAACCUUGUAUGCUCACAUGUAUGUGUAUUUAAUACCUUAUUAUAUUCCAUUCUUUUAUUUUUUUUGAUAGUUAAAUGUUUUGUAAUUAGUUGUAUCUGCAGCUUUAUCCACGUGACAGGAACAAAAAUUAUCCCAAGUUUUUCUUCAAGCUAAAUAUCUACUACGUGUAUAAAUAUCACGAUCAUUGGUUGGUCACUGACACUGACUCACCAAGAGGUAACCGACAAACUUACUUUUAUAUUUAUAAUUUAUUAGCUU